AUGGUGACAGUGCUGGGCAAUCUCCUCAUCAUCAUGCUGAUCUGUCUGGAUUACCGUCUCCACUCACCCAUGUAUUUCUUCCUCAGCCACUUCUCUUUCAGCGAAAUCCUAACCACGACCUGCGUCGUGCCCCGGAUGCUGGCCAACUUCCUGUCAGAGACGAAGUCCGUGUCUUUUCAUGAGUGCUUCACUCAGUUAUGCUUCUACUUCCUCUUUGGUAGCACUGAGUUCAUCUUCUUUGCCAUCAUGUCAUAUGACCGUUAUGUGGCCAUCUGCCAACCCUUGCGAACCCGCUUGCCCUAUUGCGGGCCCAACAUCAUCGAUCAUUUCUUCUGUGACAGCGCCCCCUUCCUUCACCUCGCCUGUGCCGACGUCACCUUCAUUGAGCUUCUUGACUUCAUCGUCUCCCUCGUGCUGCUGAUCAGCUCUCUGGCAAUGACCAUCAUUUCCUACGGCUGUGUCAUCUCCACCAUCCUCAAGAUCCCCUCAGGCAAGGGGCGAAAGAAGGCUUUCUCCACCUGUGCCUCUCAUUUCACCGUGGUCUCCAUGGGCUACGGGAUCUCCAUCUUUGUCUAUGUCCAACCCACUCAGAAGCGCUCCCUGCAGCUCAAUAAGAUCCUCUUUGUCCUCUCCAGUGUGGUCACCCCUCUCCUGAACCCCUUCAUCUUCAGCCUGCGCAAUGAAACAAUGAAGAGAGCAUUGAGUGAGUCUCUGGGAAGGGUCCAGUCCUUCACCAAGGACCUGAGGGUGAUCCCUGUGAUGAAUUCGAAUCCCUGCAGGUCUCGGUCCUGA